ACAAACAAAUUUAGUAUGAAGUGUAGCCUCCUAGGGAUCGCUUUACGUGCCCCUGCGCCUGCGGACUUGACGACAACGCCCAGCUUGACGCCCAGUCAGGUCUCAACGCAUGUAGGGUAUUUCUCAGGAAAUUUAGACGGAAGCCAAGACCUGCUACACUUCAAAAGAUUCCAUGGUUUGGUACGGAAUAACGGAUCUUCUGUACUGGUUCUCUGUGGUCUCCACAAGGAUCUCAUGAAAACUGAGGUUAUGGAGCCAGUGCCUACCACCACCACCAUGAAGGAAGAGAUAGAAGAGCUUGUCUGUGAGGUUGCCCCGGGAGUGGAGCGCGCCGGUUCCUCUUUGAGGAGUGGAGCCCGUGAGGAGGAUUGGAUGUGCCUCGACUGUUGCGCCCUGGCGAAUCGAUCCUGCCGGCGUAACCAUGCUGUCAUGAACCCCCAUGCUGCGCUGAAGCGGAGGCUGUCCGUGGCCGCAGAGAACGUCGGUCAACAGCUGGAUGACCAGAUGGAGCAGGCAGUUCAAGACGCCCAGCUCCCAGACGUGGUGGAUGCCAUGAAGAUCCUCAGCGGCACCGCUGUGACGUGUGACGUGGCUGUGGGUGAGGGUGGCGCCAGAAGACUGGCCGUGCCUGCCCCUCCCCACUGCGCGCUGUUUCGACUGGCGCUGGCGCUGCUAGUCGCCAACGGCAGUCUCUGCAACGGACGCGGCGAAGAGGAGGAGAGAGAAGUCCUUUUUCUGGGCAGCUGUCGGCCAUUCAGCCCUGACAGGGAUUUGUUGUCUCUGAAGGUCGACACUGAUGAGAAUGAGGAUUCGGAUUCGGAGGAGCCUGCCCAGCUCACCCAGCCUGCUCAGCUCACUCAGCCUGCUCAGCUCACUCAGCCUGCCCAGCUCACUCAGCCUGCUCAGCUCACUCAGCCUGCCCAGCUCACUCAGCCUGCUCAGCUCACUCAGGCUGUCCAGACCUCUCGAACUGUCCUUGCCACUGCGGCUGACCAACCUCCGCCGACUGUCCAGGAUCCCGCGGCUGCUCAGCCAUCUGCCGUUGCUCAUCUCCCCGUAGCUGUUCGGGUGAAGCCAUCCAAGCGUGUAAAGCCAUCUAAACGUGUUAAGCCAUCCAAGCGAGUUAAGUUUUCCGACAGUGUUACGCCAUCGAAGGAUGUUUGGCCCCUUGUUGCCGUUCAGCCUUCAGCCGUUCAGCACCCUGUAGCUGUUCAGCCCCCUGCAGCUGUCCAGACCCCUGCAGCUGUUCAGCGCCCCGUGGCUAGCCAGGCCCCCGCGACAGUUCGGCGUCAAGUGGCUGCUCGGCGACCUGUGCCAGACACCAUCGAGGAAUUCCUGAAGUCGAAUCUUACUUCAUGCAGUCCCGUCGGAUGGUGCCUCGUCCAAGGGUGUGACCGGAAAUUCUACUCGUGGAAGUCAUACCAAAGACACUUCAGCGGUGCUCAUGAGGUUUUGGCCAAGGGCAGCUGUAACGAAUGCCUUAGAUGGGUUACCCCUCUAACCCAGGACUUGCACUCAAGCAAUCACAACACAAAAUGCAAGAAAUGCCUGGCACACUUUCUUUCUAAAACGGAUGCGAGACAGCAUUCGAAGGUCUACCACAAGAAAAAAGCACUUCGCGCUACAUGUUACACAACAACCUGGUUUUAGAGUAGCCCUAGUUCAUUCUUUCCAUAGAUUAAAAGAAAACAUUAGUGUUCAGAAUGAGUAUUUAGGCCUGAAAUCUUUCCCAGUGAUUCAUGUUUGUGUAGUUUUGUGUAAAUAAAUCUUGAGAUGUUA